UGUCUAAAACAGAAUCUCAAGAUGGCGUCGAGCGGAGGAGAUGGAGAACCGGAAUGGACUGCUGCUGUACGGCCGCUUUUAUCAGCUUCGUAUACAGCGUUUGAAACUAAAGAGCUACCUCAGCUUAUAGGAUCCAUAAUAAACAGUGAAUCAGAGAUUCUACACCAUGACAAACAGUAUGAGCCGUUCUACUCGUCCUUCGUGGCCCUCUCAACACAUUACAUCACCACAGUCUGUGGACAAAUCCCCAGAAACCAGCUGCUGUCUGUGGCUGCGGCGUGUAAAGUAUUGAUCGAGUUCUCACUGCUGCGGCUUGAGAACCCAGAUGAAGCAUGCGCCGUCUCACAGAAACACCUGAUCCUGUUGGUAAAGGGGCUGUGUACUGGCUGCAGCCGUCUGGACAGGACAGAAAUCAUCACGUUCACCGCCAUGAUGAAGUCGGCCAAGCUGCCGCAGACCGUGAAGACGCUCUCCGACGUGGAGGACCAGAAGGAGCUGCCGUCUCCCGUGAACCCAGAGCUUAGACACAAGGAGGUGCAGAUGAACUUCUUCAAUCAGCUGACCUCUGUGUUCAACCCUGACCUCUCCACGCUUGGCUCAUCUGCGGGGCUCACACAGACGGAGAGUGACGGUGAUGACCAGACCGCCGCGGACCAGAACCUCCAGGCCAAGAUGAAGAGCGCCUUCGUGUCGCAGAACGUGUCCAGUCUCCAGGAGCUGGGCGGUUCGGAGAAGCUGCUGCGCGUGUGUCUCAACCUGCCUUACUUCCUGAGAUACAUCAACCGCUUCCAGGAUGCCGUCUCGGCCAACUCCUUCUUCAUCAUGCCUGCCACCGUCGGUGACGCCACCGCCGUCCGCAACGGCUUCCACUCACUGGUGAUUGACGUGACCAUGGCCCUGGAUACACUGUCUCUGCCGGUCCUGGAGCCACUCACCCCCGGGAGGCUGCUGGACAUGACCGUCCUGGCACUCAGCUGCCUCUACGCCGGAGUGAGCGUGGCCACCUGUAUGGCCAUCCUCCAGGUGGGCAGCGGCCUGCAGCUCCGCACCUCCUCCACAGGCUCUAAAGAGGAGGACUACGAGAACGACGCCGCCACUAUCGUCCAGAAGUGUCUGGAAAUCUACGAGAUGAUUGGCCAGGCCAUCAGCAACUCCCGCCGGGCCGGAGGAGAACACUACCAGAACUUCCAGCUGCUGGGGGCGUGGUGUCUCCUGAACAGCCUGUAUCUCAUCAUCAACCUGAGUCCCACUGCCCUGGCCGACAAAGGCAAGGAGAAGGACCCCCUGGCCGCGCUCCGCGUUCGGGACAUCGCCACCCGCUCCAAGGACAGUGCUGGCUCACCAAAACUGGGCCCUGGCAAAGGACAUCAAGGCUUUGGUGUCCUCUCAGUGAUCCUGGCCAACCACUCCAUCAAGCUGCUCACUUCCCUGUUCCAGGACCUGCAGGUGGAGGCUCUGCAUCGAGUCAAUGCAGGUCGGGCUGGCGACGGACCCCCGGCAGAGCUCAACAUUAUGGCCCAGAGCACCUCCAUCCAGAGGGUUCAGAGACUGAUCGACUCUGUUCCCCUCACCAACCUGCUGUUUGCCCUGCUCUCCACCUCAUACAAGAAGGCCUGUGUCCUGCAGCGCCAGAGGAAGGGGUCUGUCAGCAGUGAUGCCAGUGCCUCUACUGACUCCAACACCUACUACGAAGACGACUUCAGCAGCACAGAGGAGGAUAGCAGCCAAGAUGAUGACAGCGAACCCAUUCUGGGCCUGUGGUUUGAGGAGACCAUCUCCCCCUCCAAAGACAAGGUGGCCCCCCCACCACCUCCCCCACCCCCUCCCCUGGAAACCUCACCCCGACUGAAGAGCCCUUCCAAACAGAACGCUGCUGAGAAUGGUAACAUCCUAGCUGGCCGCAAGGACCCAGAGCUGUUCCUAAGCCUGGCCUCCAGCAUUCUGAACUUCAUCACCGCUUCCAUGCUGAAGUCCCGAAACAACUUCAUCAGGAACUACCUCUCUGUCUCCCUGACGGAGCAGCACAUGACCACGCUGGCCAGCAUCAUCAAGGAUGUCGACAAAGACGCAAAAGGUUCCUCAGAUGAGGAGUUCACCUCUGCUCUGUAUCACUUCAACCACACCCUGGUGACCUCCGACCUGCCCUCUCCAGCACUGCAGAACACCCUGCUUCAGCAGCUGGGCGUGGCUCCGUUCUCUGAGGGCCCGUGGCCCCUGUACAUCCACCCUCAGUCUCUGUCGGUGCUGUCCCGACUCCUGCUCAUCUGGCAGCACAAGGCCAGCCUGCAGGGAGACCCUGAUGUCCCGGAGUGCAUGAAGGUCUGGGAGAGGUUUGUGGGUACCCUGAAGCAGCAGGCUGUCCAGGGCUCCGUCCCCAGUGACGAGGAUCUGAAUGUGGAACACCUCCAGCUCCUGCUGCUCCUCUUCCACAACCUGUCUGAGAGGGGGAGACGCACCGUGCUCUCUCUGGUCACUCAAGCCAUCAUAGAGGUGGCAGGUCUCCAGCACCAGGAGGCCCAGCUCAGAGCGGUUCCUCUCAACCUGGCCCGAAUCCUUCUGGUCUUCCACUACCUGCUCCACCAGUACUCAAAGGCCCCCAUGUAUCUGUUUGAACAGGUCCAGUACAAUCUGCUGACCCCGCCGUCGUCGACCCAGGGUUCGGUCCAGGACGGCUCCAAGCGCAGUGUUCUACCUCUUUACCACGGCUUCAAGGAGGUGGAGGACAACUGGUCCAAGCACUGCUCUGCAGGUAGGAAUUCCACCGUUGUCCAGCCCAAAUUCUACUGCGUUCUGUCCCCGGAGUCCUCUGAGGACGACCGAAACCGAUUGGACACCAAGGUGUUCCAGAAACUGUUCAACGGAGCGGUGAAGUACGAUGAGUUGUACUCCUGCCUGGUGUCCCUGCUGUCGGCCGGCUCUCAGUUUGACAUGGCCAGGAGGCAGGAGAACAAGCCCAUCACGCCCAUGGAGGCGUGCUCCCUGCAGUACUACUUCCUGGUCCUCUGGAGGAUUCUGGGGGUUCUGCCUCCCUCUAGGACCUACGUAGAACAGCUGAAGGACGGCCUCGGGGAACCCAGCGAGAGCGACAUCCUCCACACCCUGCGCUGGUCCUCGCGGCUCAGAGUCGCCACAUACAUCAACUGGAUCAAGGAGCACCUGGUCCUUCAGGGGAUGAAGGCAGACCAAGCCACGUUGCUGAUCGACGUCGCCGCCUCCAAGUGCAGCACUGUCAAGUAUGAUGUGGAGCUGGCUGAAGACUACAUUGCUAGACAGAUCUCUGCAUUCUCAUGUGUGGACCCCACCUCCAUCAUGCCCCUGUACCAGGUGCCCUCCCUGCAGGCCAUCUAUACCCUGGACGCCGUCAUCUCCAAGGUCCAGGUGUCCCUGGAUGAACACUUCAGUAAGGUGGCCGCUGAGACGGACCCGCACAAGUCCUCUGAGAUUACCAAGAACCUGCUGCCAGCCACCCUGCAGCUGAUCGAUGUGUACACAGCCUUCACCAGGUCCUACCUGCUGAUGAGUCUUCCAGAGGAAGGAGACAAUAAGCUGUCCGACGCCAAGCUCCAGGGCUACGCCGCCGUGCUCUCAAUAGGCUCCAUGCGCUGUAAAGCCAACCUGCUUGGUCAGACGGUGAUGCAGAACCUGCCCUCGGCUGUCCAGACCCUGUGUGAGACAUGGAACAGCAUCCACACCAACGAGUUCCCCAACAUCGGCUCAUGGCGCAACGCGUUUGCCAACGACACCAUCCCCUCGGAGAGCUACAUCAGUGCCAUCCAGGCAGCGCAUCUGGGCACGCUCAGUAACCAGUCCCUGGCCCUGGCCUCCUCUCUUAAACACAUCCUGCUCUCUCUGGUUCGCCUCACUGGGGACCUCAUUGUGACAGAGGAGCUGAACCCCCCUCAGGUAGUGCGCAGCCUGCUCCCCCUCCUCCUGGAGAGCAGCACGGAGAGCGUGGCGGAGAUCUGCUCCACCUCCCUGGAGCGAAUCCUUGGCCCUGCUGAGUCGGACUCCUUCCUGGCCCGCGUCUAUGAGAGACUUGUCACCGGGUGCUACAACAUCAUUGCCCAUCACUCCGACCCCAAUAGUGGGUUGGAUGAGUCUGUUUUGGAGGAGUGUCUUCAGUACCUGGAGAAACAGCUGGAGAACAGCCAAGUACGGAAGGCCAUGGAGGAGUUCUUCUCCUUCAGCGGUGAACUGGUCCAGAUCAUGAUGGCGACAGCCAAUGAAAACCUCUCUGCGAAGUUCUGCAACCGGGUGCUGAAGUUCUUCACCAAACUCUUCCAGCUCAUGGAGAAGAGUCCCAACCCCAGCCUGCUGUGCCUCUGCGGCUCCCUGGCCCAGCUGGCCUGCGUCGAGCCCUCCCGGCUGCAGUCGUGGCUCACGCGCAUGACGGCCACUCCCCCAAAGGACUCGGAGCACCUGGAGACGGUGCAGGAGAACCGGGCUCUGCUGCAGGUGCUCACCACACACAUCGUCCGGGACAACAGCCAGGUGGGCGAGGGCGUGUGUACUGUCCUGCUCAGCACUCUCAUCCCCAUGGCGACGGACAUGCUGGCCAACGGGGACGGAGCGGGCUUCCCGGAACUCAUGGUUAUCAUGGCGACCCUGGCCAGUGCUGGACAGGGGGCGGGGCAUCUGCAGUUGCACCGUGCGGCCAUCGAUUGGCUAACCAGAUGUAAAAAGUACCUGACCCAAAAGAAUGUUGUUGAGAAAGUGAGCGCGAACGUCUCCCAGGGCAAACACGCCACCAUGCUGGAGUGCUCCUGCCACAUCAUCUCCUACCUGGCCGACGUGAUGAACGCUCUGAGGCAGGGCAGCGGGCAGGGCUCCUCCAUGCUGCUGGUGGACGGGGAGGACAAGGCCAUCGAAGUGGACUCCGACUGGGUGGAGGAACUGGCUGUGGAGGACGAUGACUCGCAGGCCGAGGACUCGGACGAAGACUCCCUGUGCAACAAGCUGUGCACCUUCACCAUCACCCAGAAGGAGUUCAUGAACCAGCAUUGGUACCACUGCCAUACCUGUAAGAUGGUGGACGGGGUAGGUGUGUGUACAGUGUGUGCCAAGGUGUGUCACAAAGACCACGAGAUCUCCUAUGCCAAAUAUGGCUCCUUCUUCUGUGACUGCGGGGCCAAGGAGGAUGGUAGCUGCCAGGUGAGACCGAACACCUCAGGUCAUCAUGGGAAGAGAACCACUGCGGCCCUGGUGAAACGCAGCCCUGGCAGCGGCAUCAGCUCCGCCAUGAAGGAGUCGUCCGCCUUUCAGAGCGAACUGAGGAUGCCCGAGAGCGCCAUUCGCCAUCAGACCUCCCUGGGUUCCAGCGACAAGGGCAAGGUCACCAUCUGUGAGGGCAAGCUUGGCGAAGAGGACCGGCCCAAGAAGAGCAGUGUGUGUAAGAACAUCGAGGGAUGUCAGGAGGAACUGCUGGCACAAGUGUCUGGCUCCUCCACGGCAGCGCUGGUCCUGGAGAUGCUGAUUUUCCUGAUGGAUGCCAUCCAGAUCAACUUCCAGCAGGCCUCAGCAGUGGGGAGCAGUAGUCGCGCUCAGCAGGCCCUCAACGAGCUUCACACGCUGGACAAGAAUGUGGAGAUGACAGACCAACUCAUGGUGCCAACGCUGGGCUCCCAGGAGGGCGCGUUUGAGAACGUCCGUAUGAACUACAGCGGGGACCAGGGUCAGACCAUCCGGCAGCUCAUCAGUGCCCACGUGCUGCGGCGCGUUGCCAUGUGUGUCUUAUCGUCGCCCCACGGCCGCCGCCAACACCUCGCCGUCAGCCACGAGAAGGGCAAGAUCACGGUGCUGCAGCUGUCUGCCCUCCUGAAGCAGGCCGACUCCAGUAAGAGGAAGUUGACCUUGACUCGCCUGGCCUCUGCCCCCGUCCCCUUCACCGUGCUCAGCCUCACUGGGAACCCCUGCAACGAGGACUACCUGGCCGUCUGCGGGCUCAAGGACUGCCACGUGCUGACCUUCAGCAGUACCGGCUCCGUGUCGGACCACCUGGUCCUCCACCCUCAGCUGGCCACCGGCAACUUCAUUAUCAAGGCCAUCUGGCUCCCUGGCUCGCAGACAGAACUGGCCAUCAUCACAGCUGACUUCGUCAAGAUCUACGACCUGUCGGCAGACGCUCUGAGCCCCAUGUACUACUUCCUGCUGCCGAGCUCAAAGAUUCGGGACGCCACCUUCCUGUUCAACGAGGAGGGGAGGAGCAUCAUCGUUAUCAUGUCCUCCGCUGGCUACAUGUACACCCAGGUCAUGGAGGAGUCGUCCAGCGCUCAGCACGGACCCUUCUAUGUCACCUCAGUGCUGGAGAUCAACCACGAGGACCUCAAGGACAGUAACGGCCAGGUGGCGGGCGGCGGAGUGUCCGUCUAUUACAGCCACGUGCUGCAGAUGCUGUUCUUCAGCUACAGCCAGGGCAAGUCGUUCGCCGCCACAGUCAGCAGGAGCACCACCGACGUCCAGAGGCUUUUCGCCAUCAGUGUGAAAGGAUCCAACGGCGGCAGCAAGGCGUCCCCGGCCCUGUGCCAGUGGUCCGAGGUGAUGAACCAUCCCGGCCUGGUGUGCUGCGUCCAACAGACCACCGGCAUUCCCCUGGUCAUCAUGGUCAAGCCGGACACCUUCCUGAUCCAGGAGAUCAAGACCCUGCCCGCCAAGGCCAAGAUCCAGGACAUGGUGGCGAUCCGCCACACGGCGUCAAAUGAGCAGCAGCGGACCACGAUGAUCCUGCUGUGUGAGGACGGCAGCCUGCGGAUCUACAUGGCCAACGUGGAGAACACCUCCUACUGGCUGCAGCCGUCACUGCAGCCCAGCUCCGCCAUCUCCAUCAUGAAGCCUGUCAGGAAGCGCAAGGCGGCCGCCGCCACCACGCGUACCUCCAGUCAGGUGACAUUCCCGGUGGACUUCUUUGAACACAACCAGCAGCUGACCGAGGUGGAGUUUGGCGGAAACGACCUGCUGCAGGUCUACAAUGGACAGCAGAUCAAACACCGACUGAACUCCACUGGGAUGUAUGUGGCCAAUACCAAGCCCGGAGGCUUCACCAUAGAGGCUGUGAACAACAACAGUUCCAUGGUGAUGACGGGCUUGCGGGUGCAGGUGGGCUCUCAGGCCAUCGAGCGGGCGCCCUCCUACCUGGAGAUCUUUGGGCGCACCAUGCAGAUGAACAUGACACGGGCCCGCUGGUUUGACUUCCCCUUCACCCGGGAGGAGGCUCUGCAGGCCGACAAGAAGCUCUCCAUCUUCAUCGGGGCGUCCGUGGACCCGGCCGGGGUCACCAUGCUGGACUCUAUAAAGAUCUACGGUAAAACCAAGGAGCAGUUUGGCUGGCCCGACGAGCCUAUCGACGACUUCUCCUCUGCCUCCGUCAACAACGCAUGCUCCCCCAACCUCAACGCUGGGAACGGAACUCCGGACGGGGACAUCGCCACGCCAACAUCCACCAGUGGCACUGUGCUGGAGAGUUGUGAAACUGAGUCCUUAUCCACCUUGGACCGAUUGGUGGUGAGCUCUCUGGAAGCACUGGAGAGCUGCUUCGCUGUGGGAUCCUCCAAUGAGAAGGAGAAGAACAAGGCUGCAGCACUGGAGCUGGCCACCCUGCUACUCUCCAUGCCCACCCCGUCUGGGGUCCAGCAGCAGACCAAGGGUCUCCUGGCCAGCCUCCACACCAGCCGCACCUCCUACCACAACCACAAGGACCAGUCUCUGCUGAGCAACGCGGUUCAGUGUCUGAACAGCUGCAGCCGGGAUGGUAGAGACCUGGAUCCGGAUGUGUUCCAGAGGCUGGUGAUCACCGCACGCUCCAUCGCCAUCAUGAGACCCAACAACCUGGUCCACUUCACAGAGUCCAAGCCGCCCGGUACUGAUGAAAUGACCGAGGACGUUCUGAGGCAGACGGACAGUGAAGGCUGUAACUUCAUCAUGCAGCUGGUCAAUAACUUCUGGAAGCUUCAUGCCCUUAAACCGAAGAACGCCUUCCUGGCCCCAGCCUGUCUGCCAGGUCUGACACACAUUGAAGCCACUGUGAACGCCUUGGUGGACAUCAUCCAUGGCUACUGUAGCUGUGAUCUGGAGUACAUCAACGUGGCCUCCAAGAUUUACAUGCAGAUGUUGCUGUGCCCCGACACCUCUGUGAGCUUCGCCUGUAAACAGGCCCUGAUCCGAGUCCUCCGACCCAGGAACAAACGGCGUCACGUGACUCUUCCAUCUCCCCCUCGCUCCAACACUCCUAUAGGGGAUAAAGAUGAUGAUGACGAAGAUGAUGGGGACGACAAGAUGCAGCAGUCCGGCCUGACAGGCGGAGAGGGGGGCCGGCAGGAGAGUCAGGAGCAGAGCGAGGUUGAUCACGGCGACUUUGAGAUGGUGGUGAGUCUCUUUGAGAUGGUGUCUGAGUCCAUGGUCCUGGAGACGGCGGAGAGCGUGAACAACGGGAACCCGUCUCCCCUGGAGGCUCUGCUGGCCGGCGCCGAAGGCUUCCCCCCCAUGCUGGACAUCCCCCCGGACGCCGACGACGAGACCAUGGUGGAGCUGGCCAUAGCCCUGAGUCUACAGCAGGACCAGCAAGGCUCCAGCAGCAGUGCCCUGGGCCUCCAGUCUCUGGGUCUGUCAGGGCAGGCGCCCAGCUCAUCCUCUCUGGACGCAGGCACCCUGUCUGACACCACAGCAUCAGCGCCAGCGUCGGACGACGAGGGCAGCACGGCCGCCACGGACGGCUCCACACUGCGCACUUCCCCUGCGGAGCACGGCGGCAGCGUGGGAUCGGAGAGCGGCGGUUCGGCCGUUGACUCGGUGGCCGGCGAGCACAGUGCCUCGGGUCGCAGCAGCGCGUACGGGGAUACGACGGUGGAGGGCCAUCCAGCCGGGCCCGGCAGUGUGAGCUCCAGCAUCGGGGCCGUCAGCAACACCACGGCCCAGCAGGAGGGAGACGGGUCGGACGGCGACGGGGAAACAGAGGGCGAUGUCCACACCAGCAACAGGCUUCACAUGGUGCGUCUGAUGCUUCUAGAGCGUCUCUUGCAGCACCUGCCACAGCUACACAGCGUCGGGGGCGUCCACGCCAUCCCAUACAUGCAGGUGGUGCUGAUGUUGACCUCUGACCUAGAUGGAGAGGACGACAAGGACAAGGGAGCCCUGGAUGACCUUUUGGCACAGCUCAUCGCUGAGCUUGGCAUGCACAAGAAGGACGUUUCCAAGAAGAACGAGCGCAGCCCCAUCAAUGAGGUCCAUUUGGUCAUCAUGAGACUUCUCUCUGUCUUCAUGUCCAGGACCAAGUCUGGAUCCAAGUCCUCCUCUGAAUCUUCAUCCCUGAUCUCCAACGCCACAGCCACGGCUCUCCUCAGCCUGGGGGCCGUAGACUACUGCCUCCAUGUUCUGAAGUCCCUCCUGGAGUUCUGGAAGAGCCAGCAGGGAGAGGAGGAGCCGGUGGCUGCCUCCCAGCUCCUCAAACCCCACACAUCGUCCUCCCCCCCGGACAUGAGCCCCUUCUUCCUCCGGCAGUAUGUCAAGGGUCAUGCAUCUGAUGUGUUUGAGGCCUAUUCCCAGCUACUAACGGAGAUGGUCCUGCGACUGCCCUAUCAGAUCAAGAAGAUCGCUGACACCAACCCACGCAUCCAACCCCCGGUGUUUGACCACUCCUGGUUCUUCUUCCUGUCUGAGUACCUGAUGAUCCAGCAGACACCUUUCGUGAGGCGCCAGGUCAGGAAGCUGCUCCUGUUCAUCUGUGGUUCCAAGGAGAAGUAUCGUCAGCUGAGAGACCUCCACACGCUGGACUCCCACGUUCGCGGAAUCAAGAAGCUCCUGGAGGAGCAAGGCAUCUUCCUACGCGCCGGCGUUGUCACGGCAACCUCCGGCUCCGCCCUGCAGUAUGACACGCUCAUCAGUCUGAUGGAGCACCUGAAGGCCUGUGCAGAGAUUGCCACCCAGAGAACCAUCAACUGGCAGAAGUUCUGUAUGAAGGACGAUUCCGUUCUUUACUUCCUGCUCCAGGUGAGUUUCCUGGUGGACGAGGGCGUGUCCCCGGUGCUUCUCCAGCUGCUGUCGUGUGCUCUGUGUGGCAGCAAGGUCCUGGCCUCUUCCUCGUCUUCCUCGGGAGGGGGGUCUGCCGGCACGGGGGCUCCGUCCUCCUCCCAGAGCAAGUCCUCCAGCAAGAAGAGCAAGAAGGAGGACAAGGAGAAGGACAAAGAAGGCGAGGGUGUCGGGAGCCAGGAGGACCAGUUGUGCACCGCCCUGGUGUCCCAGCUCAACAAGUUUGCCGACAAGGAGACUCUGAUCCAGUUCCUUCGCUGCUUCCUGCUGGAGUCCAACUCCUCGGCAGUCCGCUGGCAGGCCCACUGUCUGGCCUUGCAUAUCUACAGGAACUCAAGUAAGUCUCAACAGGAGCUCCUAUUGGACCUGACCUGGGCCAUCUGGCCCGAGUUGCCCGCCUACGGACGGAAGGCUGCUCAGUUUGUGGACUUGCUGGGCUACUUCUCCCUGAAGACUCCUCAGACGGAGAAGAAGCUGAAGGAGUACUCCCAGAAAGCCGUGGAGAUCCUGAGGACCCAGAACCACAUCCUGACCAACCACCCCAACUCCAACAUCUAUAGCACCCUGUCCGGCCUGGUGGAGUUUGAUGGCUUCUACCUGGAGAGUGACCCUUGCCUUGUCUGUAACAACCCCGAAGUGCCCUUCUCCAACAUCAAGCUGUCGUCCAUCAAGGUGGACACACGGUACACUACCACGCAACAGGUGGUCAAGCUGAUCGGCAGCCACACUGUUGGCAAGGUAACGGUCAAGAUCGGCGACCUGAAGAGGACCAAGAUGGUCCGGACCAUCAACCUGUACUACAACAACAGGACCGUGCAGGCCAUCGUCGAACUCAAGAACAAACCGGCCCGUUGGCACAAGGCCAAGAGGGUCCAGCUGACUCCAGGUCAGACGGAGGUGAAGAUUGACCUGCCGCUGCCGAUCGUGGCGUCCAACCUCAUGAUCGAGUUCUCCGACUUCUACGAGAACUACCAGGCGUCCAGCGAGACGCUCCAGUGCCCUCGCUGUUCGGCCUCCGUGCCUGCCAACCCCGGCGUCUGUGGAAACUGUGGCGAGAAUGUCUAUCAGUGCCACAAGUGCCGAUCCAUUAACUAUGAUGAGAAGGACCCGUUCCUGUGCAACGCCUGUGGCUUCUGUAAAUACGCCCGUUUUGACUUCAUGCUGUACGCCAAACCCUGCUGUGCUGUGGACCCCAUAGAGAACGAAGAGGACAGAAAAAAGGCGGUGACCAACAUCAACACUCUGCUGGACAAGGCAGACAGGGUGUACCAUCAGCUGAUGGGUCACAGGCCCCAGCUGGAAAGCCUUCUGUCAAAGGUCAACGAGGCUGCCCCUGAGAAGCCACAGGUCAGAUACAACACUCUGGAUGAUUCUGGAGCAGGGGCAGGGCUUGGAGCGUCUUCGGCCAAUGUGAACCGGUACAUCCAGCAACUGGCUCAGGAGUACAGCGGCGACUGCAAGACCUCCUUCGAUGAGCUCUCCAAGAUAAUUCAGAAAGUCCUGGCCUCCCGGAAGGAGCUGUUGGAAUAUGACCUGCAGCAACGUGAAGCAGCCACCAAGUCCUCUCGCUCCAGCUCACAUCAGCCCACCUUCACAGCCAGCCAGUACAGAGCUCUGUCUGUGCUAGGUUGCGGUCACACCUCUUCCACCAAGUGUUACGGCUGUGCCUCGGCAGUGACCGGACACUGCAUCACGCUGCUGAGGGCCCUGGCCACCAACCCGGCCCUCCGGCAGAUCCUGGUCCUCCAGGGGUUGAUACGAGAGCUGUUUGAGUACAACCUGAGACGAGGCAGCGCUGCCAUGAGAGAGGAAGUCCGACAGCUGGUGUGUCUGCUCACAAGAGACCAUCCGGAGGCCACUCAGCAGAUGAACGACCUGAUCAUCCACAAGGUAUCUGCAGCUCUGAAGGGUCACUGGGCCAACCCAGACCUGGUCUCCAGUCUGCAGUACGAGAUGCUGCUGCUCACCGACUCCAUCUCCAAGGAGGGCGGUUGCUGGGAGCUGAGGUUGAGAUGUGCCCUGAGCCUGUUCCUGAUGGCGGUGAACAUCAAGACUCCAGUCGUGGUGGAAAACAUCACUCUGAUGUGUCUCAGGAUCCUGCAGAAACUCAUCAAGCCUCCAGCCCCCACCUCCAAAAAGAACAAGGAUUCUGCUGUUGAGUCUCUGACCACAGUGAAACCCUACUGUAACGAGAUCCACGCCCAGGCCCAGCUCUGGCUGAAGAAGGACCCCAAAGCCUCGUAUGAAUCCUGGAAAAAGUGCCUUCCAGCCAGAUGCCAGGAGACCGCCUCCAAGCCCCAGAACAAGGCAGAGGUGCGGAGACGCUACCUGAUGGAGAAGUACCUCUGGAAGUGGAAGCAGUUUAUGAGGUCGCGCUCAGAGGGCCUGUUCCCCCGGCUACUCAAACUGGGCCAUAACAACUGGCUGAGACAGGUUCUGUUCACGCCAGCUACUCAGGCAGCUCGUCAGGCAGCUUGCACCAUUGUGGAGGCCCUCACCUCCAUCCCCAGCCGCAAACAACAGGUCCUGGAUCUGCUCACCAGUUACCUGGAUGAGCUGAGCGCUGCUGGGGAGUGUGCCGCGGAGUAUCUGGGUUUGUACCAGAAGCUGAUCAAGCCGGCUCACUGGAAGGUGUACCUUGCUGCCCGCGGAGUCCUGCCCUACAUCGGCAACCUCAUCACCAAGGAGAUUGCCAACCUGUUGGCGCUGGAGGAGGCCACAUUAAGCACCGACCUGCAGCAGGGAUAUGCCCUCAAGAGCCUGACUGGCCUGCUGUCGUCCUUUGUGGAGGUGGAGUCCAUCAAGCGCCACUUCAAGAGCCGCCUGGUGGGGACAGUUCUGAACGGAUACCUGUGUCUCCGGAAGCUGGUGGUGCAGAGGACCAAGCUCAUAGACGAGACCCAGGACAUGCUGCUGGAGAUGCUGGAGGACAUGACGACAGGGACUGAGUCGGAGACCAAGGCCUUCAUGGCGGUGUGUAUCGAGACGGCCAAGAGAUACAACCUGGAUGACUAUAGGACUCCCGUGUUCAUCUUUGAGAGACUCUGCAGUAUCAUCUACCCGGAGGAGAAUGAGGUGACGGAGUUCUUUGUGACCCUGGAGAAGGACCCUCAACAGGAGGACUUCCUGCAGGGUCGUAUGCCAGGGAACCCCUACAGCAGCAACGAGCCAGGCAUCGGACCCCUGAUGAGGGACAUCAAGAACAAGAUCUGCCAGGACUGUGACCUGGUGGCCCUGCUGGAGGACGACAGCGGCAUGGAGCUUCUGGUUAACAACAAGAUCAUUAGUUUAGAUCUUCCUGUGGCGGAGGUCUACAAGAAGGUCUGGUGUCCUACCAACGAGGGGGAACCAAUGAGGAUUAUCUAUCGGAUGAGGGGUCUCCUCGGGGACGCCACCGAAGAGUUCAUCGAGUCCCUGGACUCGACCACGGAUGAGGAGGAGGAUGACGAGGAGGUAUACAAGAUGGCCGGGGUGAUGGCUCAGUGUGGAGGGCUGGAGUGUAUGCUGAGCAGACUGUCGGGAAUCAAGGACUUCAAGCAGGGACGACACCUGCUCACUGUCCUGCUGAAGCUGUUCAGUUACUGCGUGAAGGUGAAGAUUAACAGGCAACAGUUGGUCAAGCCAGAGAUGAACACACUCAACGUCAUGCUGGGCACUCUCAAUCUGGCGUUGGUGGCCGAGCAGGAGAGUAAGGACAGUGGAGGAGCGUCCAUAGCCGAGCAGGUCCUCAGCAUCAUGGAGAUCAUCCUGGAUGAGGCCAACGCUGAGAUAUCUGAGGACAAGGGUAACCUGUUGCUAACAGGGGACAAGGACCAGUUGGUGAUGCUGCUGGAUCAGAUCAACACUCCGUUUGUCCGUUCCAACCCCAGUGUCCUCCAGGGUCUCCUUCGCAUCAUACCGUACCUGUCCUUCGGAGAACUGGAGAAGAUGAGGAUCCUGGUGGAACGCUUCAAACCCUGCUGCAGCUUCGACAAGUACGAUGAAGAACACAGUGCGGAUGAUAAGGUGUUCAUAGACUGCUUCUGUAAGAUCGCUGCUGGCAUUAAGAACAACAGCAAUGGACACCAACUCAAAGACCUUAUACUGCAGAAAGGCAUCACACAAAGUGCCCUGGACUACAUGAAGAAACACAUCCCGAAUGCCAAGAACCUGGAUGCCGACGUGUGGAAGAAGUUCCUGUCGCGACCUGCUUUACCUUUUAUCCUCCGUCUGCUGCGAGGCCUGGCCACACAACACCCCCCCACACAGGUGUUAAUAGGGACAGACUCCAUCACCAGCCUUCACAAGCUGGAGCAGGUGUCCAGCGACGAAGGCAUUGGUACCCUGGCCGAGAACCUCCUGGAGGCGCUGAGGGAGCAUGCGGAGGUCAACCUGAAGAUCGACGCAGCGCGCAGGGAGACACGAGCCGAGAAGAAGCGCAUGGCGAUGGCCAUGAGACAGAAGGCCCUGGGGACGCUGGGCAUGACGACCAAUGAGAAGGGCCAGGUGGUCACCAAGACAUCGUUGCUGAAGCAGAUGGAGGAGCUGAUCGAGGAGCCAGGGUUGACCUGCUGUAUCUGCCGGGAGGGCUACAAGUUUCAGCCUACCAAGGUGCUGGGUAUCUACACGUUUACGAAGCGCGUCGCCCUGGAAGAUUUCGAGAACAAGCCUCGGAAGCAACAAGGAUACAGCACAGUGUCUCACUUUAACAUUGUCCACUAUGACUGUCACCUCGCGGCCGUCAGGCUGGCUCGGGGCCGAGAGGAGUGGGAAAGCGCCGCGUUGCAGAACGCCAACACCAAGUGCAAUGGACUCCUUCCGGUCUGGGGGCCUCAUGUCCCUGAAUCGGCCUUCGCCACCUGCCUGGCCAGACACAACACAUAUCUGCAGGAGUGCACAGGCCAGAGGGAACCCACCUACCAACUCAACAUCCACGACACCAAGCUUCUGUUCCUGCGUUUCGCCACAGAGCAGUCGUUCAGCGUGGACACGGGAGGGGGAGGACGAGAGAGCAACAUCCACCUCAUCCCUUACAUCAUCCACACCGUGCUCUAUGUGCUCAACACUACUCGGGCUACUAGUCGUGAAGAGAAGAACCUGCAGUCGUUCCUGGAGCAGCCUUGUGACCGGUGGGUGGAGACCAGCUACGACGUGGAAGGCCCCCACUACUACACCGUCCUGGCCAUGCACGUGCUGUCGCCUGAGCGCUGGAGGAACACACGCCUCACCUUCCUGCGCCGGCUCCUCAUCUGCGUUCACGCACGCAAGGUCUCGGCCGUCUGCACCAACAAACUGACAGACAAACAGUCCAAGGAGUUUUCUGUGUACCGAUCUCCUCUGCUCUUCUGGGGCUUGGUGGAUCUCAUAUAUGAUAUGUUCAGGAAAGCCCCCACCAGUAACACAGAGGGAGGCUGGUCCUUCUCGCUGGCGGAGUAUGUGAGGCACAACGACAUGCCCAUUUAUGAGGCUUCGGAGCGCGUGCUGAAGGCCUACCAGGACGAACUAAUGCCCGCCGAAUCCUUCUCCGAGUUCCUAGAUGUCAUAGGUCUUCUCUCGGACAUUCCCGAGCCUGACCUCUUCCUUCAAGACCUGUUGAACUCUGUGCCCUGAUGGCAUUCAUGAUCCCCCUGGACCCUGUCCACUCUAGCCCCCUAAACAGGAGCCCCUCACUGGGGAAGACCUACACAACGGUCCUGCUAAAGACACCUCCAUGGAAUGUCUCCGAAUCUGGGCCCCUCGCUCCCCAUGUCUGGAUGUUCUAGCUUUCACCAUCACAUAGAUACAUGCCGACACAUAGAAUACCCCCCACACACACACCCCCCUCCCCAAACACACACACACACACACGUAUGUGUUUUCUAAUCUCCACUUGUCCUUCUGCGUCAUCUUCAAUAUAACUCCACUAUAACUCUUAUAUGUGUAGACAGAAUGAGGAGUUGGUUGGUGCUUUCAUUAGUGUUUCUGUAACACUGAACACACCAACUUAACCCCAUGCUGUUCUGUAUGGACCCCAUGUAAAUGUCUGGGGAGUGUUCCUGAAGUAACAAAAAAAGUUUCUUGCUUUGGGAUUCGAUCACGACGUGUUUAGAGUGCCGUGUUUUUUUUUUUUUUUGUUUUAAGAAAUUGAAGAUUCUUUGUUUUGUCAUAACAAUAAAUUGGGCUUUUAAAAACCGAGGCAGAAAGGAGGCUACACUGACUAGGAUGCUGAACUAAGUUAACUAACUGUUGUGUCAGGCACUGGUCUGCUUAAUGGCCUGGGUGCCGAUCUGUUGAUACUAACUGUAAAAAAUAGACCUGGAAGGCCCCGGCUGGGACUGGACUGGAACAAUAAUAAUAAACAUGUCUUCUGCCGGGUUGAUUUGUCUCCUUGGUAACUGAGUCAGAUGAGCCUUGCAUCCUGCCCUUCCUGGUAACUCAAGUUGUAAUGAUCCUGAUUUGUGAUUGGUUCUACUUGCAGUACUGUCCAUCUGUAUAACAUAAACAAUAAAAGGGGCCUGCAUCCUUCUUUUGGAUUUGACGCUUCUCUCUCUUUUGGAUUUUUCUUUCUGGUUGAUAUAUUUCUCUAGCUCUGACACUACAGGCAGUUUAUUUCCUUUUCUGGGGUUUAUUUUUUGGGGGUUAUUUUCGGUCUUCCAAACGUACAAUCAUUUAUUUGAAGUUUGAUGAUAACGUCAUGCCGGCAACGAUUCCCAGACCCGUUUCUGGUCAAGCAAGGUGCCACCGAGUUCCUCGGUGAUAUAAAUUAACUCUUGAAUAUAAUAUAUUAGACGCCCACUGACGCUGCGGCAGAUGAAGCGGCGUCCCUAUACUCUGAGCUGAACGCAUGGUGUGGAGUUUGAAACUUUAAAACCCAAUUUAGUGUUAACCAUUCUUCUUGACCUGUUUUAUUCCCGCUGCUACAAUGUUCAACUGUUGCUGAAUGUCUGCUUUUUGGAUUAGCGAUGAUUAAUAAAGCCGUAAUAAUUCCACAUCCA